AUGCCGCUGUCGUUCCCGGCCGGCUACAAAUGCCCCCGAUGUCUGCAACCCGUUUACUUUGCCGAAGAGGUUAUCGCAAUCGGGAAGCAUUGGCAUCGAAGGUGCUUUUCCUGUGCGAAUCCAGAGUGCCGUAAAACCCUUGACAGCUUGACGUGCUCGGAUCACAACGACGAAGCGUACUGCAAGUUUUGCUACAAGAAGCUCUUCGGCCCAAAGGGUUACGGCUAUGGUCAAGGUGCAGGAACUCUGUCGAUGGAGGGCAGUGACCAGGAAUGGAGGAAAGACGUUCCAAAUUACACAAAAUCUCAGGCGGCUUCAGCGUUGGAUCGAAGAAGCGGCAGUUUGAGUAGUUCGAGUGGUAGUCCUAACCGCACACUGUCCCCACAGAACGACCAGCGUCCGGCUUACGGCGGAGUGGACGUAUGUCCCAGAUGUGGCAGGGCGGUAUUUCUCGCUGAAAAGCUGAUGGCUGCUGGAAAGGCCUGGCAUAAACUGUGCUUUUCCUGUGCGGAGUGCAACAAGUUGUUGGAGUCCACCAAUCUCUGUGAAAAGAGCGGUGAUAUCUAUUGCAAAAGUAUGGAUUUUCUUUCAAAAUAUUAAUC